UCGAGCCUAAGAGCUCCAGGAAAGUCUCCUCACGACUUCGCGAGCGCGUUCACUGGCAGGAUGCGUCUCAAUAACCUGCUUGCGUAUAUUCUCUGCUCCGUUGCUCUGCUUUCUUCUGUCUCAGCAGCUCCUGAGGCAGUCGAGCAUACGGAGCCUGUGGUUUUGGCGUUUGGUGCUUUCCCUGAAGACAACGCGUUUGGUCAUGUUGUCAACGGGGAGCGGAAUAAAAUAUUUUUGAACGUAGAGAACCUUUCCGACCGGAAUGUCACCAUCACGUCGAUUGCGGGUUCUUUCCACAAUUCAAUCACAAAUGCGCUGGUCAAAAACACUAGUGCUCUGGCGUAUGAUGUCCUCUUACUUGACGGUGCCAAGAUGCAACUCCCCUAUGCAUUCUACAGCGAGCUCAAGCCGGGAGAUAUGAGGCUCAACAUCUGGGUAGAACAUGUCUCCGAUGGCGAAAAGCAUCGUGUGAUGGCAUACGACUCGAUAGUUACCGUUGUAGAGCCUGAGCUGUCAUGGUUCGACUUGAAGAUGCUUUCGACCUACUUGGUCGUUGCGCUCCUCCUUGGUGGCCUUGGUUACUACGCGUACUUGGCCUUCCUCCCACAGCCGAAGCGCAAGACGCGUACUGUCCCCUCGGUCAGUGCCCCGGUAGGCACGGUCACGGCGACCGGGGCGGGUGGAUACCAAGAGGAAUGGAUUCCAGAGCACCAUCUCAAGAAAUCCAAGGCUAAAAAGACGAAGUCGGGCGCGGCGACGAGCGGAGAUGAGACGAGCGGAACCGAGUUGAGCGGUACGGAGAACAAGAAGCGGAAGGGCAAGAAAUAGGGGCACUCGGAUUGAUCUUACAGGUUGUCUUGCUUGACUCUCCUCACCGUGUAGUUGUAGCACGUACUCUCCGGUUUCUUUUCUUUGCAUGGUUAGUCGGACUGCACAGUGGAUAUCGCGAAUCUAGUGUGAAGAACGUAGCGUUCUGUUGAAUAAGGUAUCUAAUAUCGCAGCGCACAAUCGUCCAUACAGACAGAAAAGUCAUUUCACGUUAUGAUAAUGAAGCGGGCAUCACAUCGAUGUGCUUGUAGCCCUUCAUCCUAUUCUCCUUGAACAUCUUCGCGUAUCGGAGAGCGAGAUCCUUGCACUUCUCUUGAUGGUUUACACCCUCGAUACGGUGGCACUUCAUGAUGUUGUCCUCCAUAAUCUUCGCCUCCAUCGCGCGGAUGAAGGACUCGCGAAUCUGCAUCUCGCGCUCCUUUAGGCGAG